AUGACGUCCCACAAAUUUGAUCGUGGGCGGAGUCUAAGACAGGAGGAAGUGACGGAUCCUCCUCAGAAUGUCCUAUCGUCUAGGAUUCCGGGUGUACCGAAUUCCAACCAGUAUGUUUCUACGGCGACUAGAUCCCAGGUAUCCAGGCCAUCUCUACCUUCUAGAAAUAGACGGGGAUCGUCCGUAUCUGUAGGCGAGGAAGCAAAUCGAACGCGGAUUCCGAUACCCCACAGGACAAAAAUUUCGUCAAAGGAAAAUGACCGGUCAAUAGGAAUUCCCCAACCCUCAAAAACUGGCUCAGCUCUGGCACCCAGCCCAAUACUAUUGAUGAGCAAGAUGGCUUCGCCUGCGCAUCUUCAAUCGAAGCCAGAUUGUGCGGUAUCUGCUAGGGCUGGAAAGUCUUCAGCAGAGGGGCGGUCCCGAAAUGUUUUGCGGAGAAAAGCUCCCUCAAUAGAACAGUACACUGGGCGAAGUAGGGCAAAAUCAAAUCCGUCAAAGUCUGGUGCUUUUGGACCGAACACUUCUCUAUCGAAUAUGGAAGAUAGCAAGGCAUUGAACUUAGAACCCCGUUCCUUAGGAGAACCUCAGAAGAGUAUCAGCCAGGGUCAAGCGCAGCAGGCGCCACCCCUAUCAGUGCCUCUACCAUCAACAAUUCAACUGCAGAGCAGGACUGGCGAAACCUAUGUCACUCAUGUCCCAAAAGAAAUAACUGGACCCACAAGAGCUGUAAAUACAACCAACCUUCCACCUCCAACCCCCAAUUUUGCCUCCACCAGCAGUCCUUCCACUAGAUGCUCCGAAUCGCCUGGGCCAUGGAGUAGUAGGACGUCCACUCCAACAUCAAUGUCUUCAUAUUCUCCUGGAAUCACACAGCCAACAAAGGUUGGAUCCCGAUUACGACAACCGAGUCCAUCUAUGUCUAGAAGCCCUUUGCCUCGACAAUCCACUGCCCCUGUCCCUGCAGCUGUCACCAUAAAUAAGGACGCGAUGGCGUUUUAUCCAAGAACACCACGUAAAAGUCAGACUCAUCCUCCUUUGGCAUCAACGAAAGCUGAGAAGCCUGAAAGGCACUAUGUUGUUGAGAAACAAAAGAAAUUUGAUGUUCCCUCUGAUGUUCACCUGCCUCUAAAAUCGUCCAUUAAGUUCAAUUCUGCGAAGUCAAAGGAAGACGAUGUCACUCCAAAGCCCAGUGCCGACUCAAACAAGCAGGAAGAAAAGCAGAAUAUCGAACCAUGUCAAAGCAAGUUUGAAAAGGCUUCUCGUGUCCCCCUUCCGGCGUCGACCCUCCCGCCAUCUAGGCCUAGUCGUGCAGGUACAAGUGGCCUGGAACUCAAACCCUCUCCAGUAAUCCAGAGUAACAUCACCAACCUGAAACACUUGGGACAUAAACGACAAGCAUCUAGCGACCACACAUAUCGCAAGCAUAAUCCCACUCGCCAUAUCAAUUCAUCAACGGAAUCGCUACAGUCAAAAGUUUCAACCCCGAUAACUAAUCGAUAUGUGUCCCCUUAUUCCGCUAGCGGCCAGAAAUUGUCAACAAAGGAUUCGUUAUCUCACACGAAAGUAGUUGCCAAAGACUCUAAGAAGCCCAAAGAAUCUGCAUCAACAUCUGGCACAAGGCGGUUUGGAAUAUUUUCCAGGAAAGCAAAGACAGAUCCAGAAGUUAAUGCGCCCGAUGGUAAGGAUAAGCCCAGCCGACGCGGACCAGCUGCAGGAACAGGCCAUGAAGGGUAUGGAAGGUACGCCCAACGUGGCCGAAGAUCCAGUAUAAGCAGCGUUAACGGAAGAGCAAGAUCCCUAAGCACGGCUGUUUCGACGAGAAAAGGCAGCAAUGCUAGUCGAACAGAGUCGGAAAUGGAUGACUUCUUGCUAGAUCGUCUCGAGCCGGUCAUCAUCAGUGGAGGAGGCGUGGAUGGAGAAGAGCUACGUCGAACCCAAAGCGAACAGAGCGCAAGUGGUGUGAGCGUCGCCUCAACAAUAUAUUCACAGCCGAGCGUGCAAUUUUCGAAACCCGUCGGAGACUCUUCUGAAUCGCUGGCCUCACACGAAACUUUUGACCCUUUGCUUCAAAGACUGAACCAAAAGGAGAAGAAACCCGGCUUAGUUAAUUGUCGUUCUUUCGGCAAGCCACAGGCUUUUGGAGCUAAGAAAGACACGACUGCGCAACUAUCUGUAAAUACUGAUGUGCUAACAUCACGACCUUCUAUUGACAGUUGUAAUACCAGCCAAACAUCUUUUUCCCAGACCAGCGUGUCUAUUGCUAUGAAUGAUCGAGUUCAGGACAAAACGGACGUGAAGAAACCCGACAAGAGAGGAAGGUGGAAUUUUUUUCAAAGAAGCCACCACACCUCGCGAAAGGGGUCCACUCCUCAGCCAAGCUCAAGCGCUGAAGUACCGGUGGCAAUAUCUAAGCUUCCUUCUAGGCAAAUUGCUCACUAUGCCCUUCUCGAGGACGAAUACAUCGAUUCAGAGUCUCUCAAGGAAAUUUUUCAAAGAAUCGAGGAAUCACCGCCAACGGAGGAGGACGAUCAAACUGAAGAAGUUCCUCUUGGGCUUGGAUUGAAACAACCGCACGGCCAUUCUGUUCUGCUUCCAUCUCCACCUCUCUUAGGUGGAUACACUUUUGAAAAGCCUCAGUCAUCACCUCCAAAGGUAUUUUUCAAUAAAAAUAUCUACGGAGAUAAACCCAAAACAGAUGCUCAGCCGAGAUCUGACGAUGUUCGACAACAACAACAACAACGACGACAACGGUCUAAUCGACUCGCACCAGUUGGACGAAUUCCCCAGGUUGUCUCCAGCCGAGAAGAGCAAGCAACCUCACCUAUCCCUUCAUUUUCUCGCCCUUUCAGUAGGAUUGAAAUCCCUUCCUUAACCUCCACAGCCAAUUCCCAACCUACACUGUUUUAUAAUCCUGGUCGCCCUCCCACAGGUUCUCAGACGGAAGUUCUCCCAAGCGAGGAGUUCUAUCCAGGGUCCGCAAUUUUAUAUCCCUCUGCCCAAGUCUUGUCUGGUAGCAAUUCUAGCUACAACCGAAAGGAUCACGAAUUUUUGGCUUUCCCUAGGAGGAAAUCAGUCACUUCGGGAUCCAGCAGCUCAGAGGGCCGUGUGAGCCUAACUGCGAUAGCUGCCGUAGAGCCACGACUAUAUUCAAAACUAAAUGAAGAUGAGAUUUGGAACGAAUAUGAUGAGUUUAUCGAUACGGUGCUGUCUCCUAAAUCGCCUCAUAAAGCUAGAAGGUCGACUCCUUCCCAAAAGUCCUUUAAAAUGGCCACCCGUGCCAGCAAGACCCUUCAGGAGGAACUUAACGGACUAAGCAACACCAAUUAUCUUCUUGCCAGCCCUUCUGAAUAUUCAAACUUGCAUCGAUCAAUGUCCUCUGCAAGGUCAAGCGGUAGCUUGGUCCACCUGCGUAGAUCCAUGAUACUCUCAGCUCUUCAUUCGUCCAUGACUCCAUCCACCACCGUGUCCUUCAUCGAUCCUUACGGUCGUUAUAACAAUAAGAAUAGUGCAGAGUUGGUCAACCAGGGCGAUUUAUUGCACGUCCGACAGGCGGGUUCAGAAUCGGAUACGAUUAGAGAAUCUUCAUUUUCCACGCCUAGGAACAACGAGGCGGGUCGUCGUAAAAAUACAAUGCUUCUAGAUAUAGCAGAGCGGGACAGGAACGGUACAAUCGCACAAACAAACCUUCGUUCAGGCUCCCUCAUGACAAGUCGUUGGUUAUCAUUUGGACGAGUACUUUUCAGCCCGGCACAUAAUCACCUUCAAGAACAAGAUCAAGAUCGAGGCCGAGUUCUUGUUAUCGAUGGGCUGGGAAAUGACGAUUGGUCAUUUUACUGUGCCCUGACCUAUCCCUCUGCGACUGUGUAUAGCCUUGGAUUUUUAGCGCCUUCCGCCAGUUCCAAUAAUCCUGCAGCUUGGAAACCUCCUGCUAAUCAUCGAACUAUCCACCAUGAUGAUAUGGAAAAUCCAUUUCCGUUUCCGAAGGGCUUUUUCAUUGCAUCAGUUAUUCGAUUCCCAGCAGCAUGCUCUGACGCCGGAUUGCGAGCUACUAUCUCGGAGUGCAAGCGCGUCUUACGACCGGGUGCCUAUCUUGAAAUGAAUAUCAUGGACCUUGACAUGGUGAACAUGGGGACUAGAACUCGAAAGGCUGUUCGCAUGCUCAAGGAACGUAUAUGUAUGGCAGAUCCAAGCAUAAGCCUCAAACCAGCAAGCGAUAACAUUCAGAGGCUACUCGGAAAGCGAGGGUUUGAGAAUUUGAAUCGAUGCAUGGUUGGCAUACCAGUUGCGGGUACUCUUUUGAGUUCGUCUGAUACGUCCAGUUCCAGCCGGUCAACCAUCGCAACACUCCCCACACCGACAAAUCCCUAUGGGCUUAAUUCUGCGUCUACCACUAAAGGUAACCGUAGAUCGAGACGACCUCCAUCGGAUGACCCCGGCGUUUCUCUCGGUGAUCUUCUUUCUGACUCAAACCCUUCCGAGUCCAAUGAUGAAUCCAUUGCCAAAAUGGUAGCCAAAGUUGCCCGUUGGUGGUAUACUCGCUGCUACGAGGCUUUCAUACUCCCUGACGGAAACCCGGAUUACAGUAUCUGGGCUGAUAGGAGGGUACUUCGAGAAUGCCAAAGGCGUGGAACGGGUUUUCGGUUAUUGAUUGCUUAUGCGCAAAAUCCAAGUGGACCUAGAAGGACAGCAAGUGUUUGA